CACUGUUUACAUCGCAAAUGUCGGUGAAAGUCGUAGUUUUAUUUACAAACAAAAAUAAGAAGUAAAUAAUGUCAGAUCCAGAUCCCGAAAAUUGGGGUGAAGAUGAUGACAACGAUCCAGACUAUGUACCCCCUGGUGAAAUGGAAAACGGGCACAUAACUCAAUCGUCAAAUUCGAAUACGGAAGAUUCAGACUCUUCAGAAGAUGAGAAUCCAGCAGGAUCCAACAAUGGUCAAUUUGACACCGAUCUGCCUACUACUCAUAGGUAUUUGGGCAAGUUAAACAAUGUCAGCGGCUAUACCCUCUAUGACGAUGGUGAGAUUAUAGACAUUCUGGCGAUAUACACCACAACUAUGGUUUUUCCUGGAUUCACCCUCCCCUUGGUAAUGAACAAUUAUGUUGAAACUACUAUGAUGCAAAAUUUUAUAGAGAAAAAUAACGUUUUUGUACUUUUAUGUGCAAAUGCACACUUCAACGGCAUUUACAACUUUGGAGUGACGAUGGAAAUUUUCGAGACUCAAAUGAGAAACAACGUCCUUAAUAUCAAAGCGAGGGGCAGGCAAAGGUGCAAGCUGGUGCCGGGCUGCGAAAUAAAAAAUUGGGCCGGACGACUGAAGCAGGUCACUAUUAAAAUCAUCGCAGAACCUGAAAUUACCUCGCCACUUUGUGAUACGCAAAUGCUUUCGUUGAAACGAAAGAGACUGUUUACUUCUACGGAGUUUUGUGAUAUUUUAAAGCAUUAUAAGUACAGAAGGUACCACCUAGCACAAUACCCUCUGCCUUCGUGGGUAUACGACAAAUAUGAGAUAAGUUACUAUUCGAAGUUGUUGUUAAAUGGUUUAUCACAUUAUGUAGGGGAAUAUAUUCCAAGGGACCCCGUAAUGUUAAGUUACUGGUUCGUCCAGAACUAUCAGUUGAACCAUGUAGAGCGGUUGCAAAUUUUAAAGUUAAAUUCUGCUUUAGAAAGGCUAAGAUUAGAAUAUAGGUUUUUAAAACAGGAGAGAAAAAUGUGUUGCAACAGUUGUGGAAUGGAAAUAACGGACCCUAGUAAGGUAUUUGCUAUGUCAAAGGAUGGAAUUCAAAGCAACUAUGUAAAUCCUGGUGGGCAUGUCUACGAAACCGUAACUGUGAUGUCUGCAGAAAAUUUCCAGUUAGUAGGAAACCCCUCAAAGCAGUUCUCAUGGUUUCCUGGGUACGCUUGGACGAUUAUGCAGUGCAAUUUCUGCAAUAACCACUUGGGCUGGAGAUUUACAAGUACAAUACUAAGACCCAAUUGUUUUUAUGGGUUAGCGAAGAGCGGAUUUAAAGUGGUGAUCCAUUUGAAGGCGCCCUCUGAGGAGGAACAAAUGGAGAUCUUCCAGGGCGGGCGCAUGACGUAUUCUAGAGAUUAUAUACCUUAAAUACGGUAGAUGUUCUAUGUCGUUCCUGUGUUGAAUUAAGUCAAGACUAACAAUUUUUGUAAGAGGUAAACAUGUAUGUAUUAUUUAUUGCUGCUACUUAUAUUUUUACAAGUUCUUUUCUAUUUAAGUAAAUGUGUAAAAAAACUGUUUUAAUUUAUGAAACGAGUAAUUGCUUCUUGUAAAUAUACACUGUAUAGGUAA